AUGGCAGGAUGUCAAUAUGCGAUUGACAGUCUUCCAGCAUAUACACCUCAACUGAUUGCUUUCUUGAUAGCAUUAGCGGAAUUUAUCAUCGUUAUCAUUGCUUACAUCGCUCGAGAAACUCAACGAAAAAAGACGUUUUAUGGACGUGAAGAUUUUGAGGAUAUACCAGAAGAGGAGAAAAUGGAACAUGAAGGAGCUAUUAUGGGUAAAAAUACCGAGGAACUUCGUAUCGUACAAUCAACAGAUCGUGGAGCAGAAGCUGACGUUGAUACAAUAACUGCACCAAGUGCUAGUGGUGUUAAAGUGAUGGUACGAAGGAAAAAGGCUAUUUCAGAGCAAACUGAUUCAUUGACAAAAAAAGAGACAAAUGCUGCAGAUGCUAAAAAUAUCCGUUUCAUGCUGGAAAUUGAUUGUACAGCACGCGGAUUUGAAUUUAUAUCUGUACUUCAGAAAGCGUUGGAAGAAGUUGAAGAAUUUAAACAUAUUAAAGAUAAACUAAGUGAUGAUUCGCAAGAUCGGCUAUGUGAUUUUUUAAUUCGUAAAAUGCGUGCAAUUUUGGAAGAGUCUACGCAACGUAGAUGGUUGGUAUAUGGAGUAAUUUAUAAUAAAAUUUGGAAAGUAAGCGGAUUAGAGAAUUUACUAGAAAAAGGUGGUGGUGAUAUCAGGACACAACAGAUGCUUCGUAUCACUGCACAAGGACCGUUCACACCGAUUACCAUUCUUGCUUAUAUGAUUGAAAUUGAUAUAAAAUUGGAACAAAUGAAUAUACAAUCGAUACCAACGCCAACACCAUUCAAGAAUAAAAGUAAGAUACGUGAAGAAUCUCCAACACAGUCUAUUUCAAGAACAUUUGAAAAGACGCCUCACAUGAAAGAGAAACUUUCACCUGUAACACCAACAUCUCCGAAUUAUCUUACGACAUUGCAUACAAUGAGUACUAUACCAUCAGAAAAAUUACCGACAGUGUUGGAUUCACGGAGCAGCAAAAAAGACACUGGUCUUAGUCCCACGAAUACUAAGCAGAGAAGGACGCAGUCUGCGUCAUAUAAUAAAAGAGGCUCAGUCAGACAAAUGCGGAAAUUUUCAACUAGAAACAGGCAGAGAACAUUAAGUGAUACGGAUGCUCGUUCAAGAUUUCGCAGCCAACUCGGAAGCGAAAAAUUACGAACCGAACACACACAAAACGAAUUGUAA